GGGGAUCAGCAGAGCUGGGGGUUACUACAUAGUGGGGGAUCAGCAGAGCUGGGGAGCUGGGGGUUACUACUGAGUGGGGGAUCAGCAGCACUGGGGGUUACUACUGAGUGGGGGAUCAGCAGCACUGGGGGUUACUACCGAGUGGGGGAUCAGCAGAGCUGGGGGUUACUACUGAGUGGGGGAUCAGCAGAGCUGGGGGUUACUACUGAGUGGGGAUCAGCAGAGCUGGGGGUUACUACUGAGUGGGGAUCAGCAGAGCUGGGGUUACUACUAAGCAGGGGAUCUGCUGAAGAAGGCUACUAAUAACCUGGGGAUCUGCUGAACAACUUUACCAAUGAGCUGGGGAUCUGCUGAGAUACUAAUGAGCUGAGGAUCUGCUGAGUGGGGGUACUACUGA